GUCCAACGUUUGAUAAGUUAACGUAUUCCAAAUAGUGGCUGGUGAAUAUUUUUGAACAAUUUGCGAUUAUAUUUUACACAACAGUUAAGUUUGCUGGAUGCGAACAAGACACUAAGGAGUAGUACACAAUGCAGUAAUCGCAAUGAAAAAGUGUUUAUAAAUUGACAGUUUAAUUUCAAAGAUAGACACAAAGUGUGUUGGGAGGAAAUGAAGGACUUUAUAUACUGUUUCAUGAAGAAUUAAAAUACUGUUUAAAUAAGAGUUCGGGAUUGAUUAAUAUUAAUAUUAUUAUAUAGUAAUAUUUCUCAAGUUGUACAUCAAAGCUUGGAGCAGCAUGAAACGUUACCGUAAGUCGUUACCAGCGUUGGGGGUGCUCAUUUUGCUGGGGACCACGUGGACGCCUGUCCACACAUAUGCCCAAAUCGGAUUUCCCGACGACAAACCCGCCGGCGGUGGCGGUGGAGAUUUGACGAGACAAUUGGCGACAAAUGUGAGCACAGGCAUUAUCACUGGAAUUCUAAAUGGCACUGUUCCGUUGCAAACGGCGCUUCCUAUACUAGGUUUCACAAACAGCACCAAUCAAACGUGCGUUUGCGUUCCAUCUGGGCGCUGUGCCACUACUACGGUUCCAACCGAUGGAUCUGGCAUGAUCGAUGUCCGAAUUGUGACGUCGCAAACCAGUAGUCCCAUUAGUCCUACUCCCAAUAUCGUGACGCCACCAACUUGUGCGGCUGGAUUAGAUCGGUGUUGUUAUCCGGGGCCAUUCCAAUGUGGACUACAAUAUCCAGCGGUGGCUGCCGCAAAGGCACCCGCAGCUGGUCAAGCUUAUUACGGCGAGUACCCAUGGCAAGCGGUUUUACUAGGACCCGGCGAUAUCUAUGUCGGCUCAGGUGCUCUUAUUGAUCCGUUGAAUGUCAUUACGGCAGCACACCGUAUAAGUGAGUAUGUGAGCGGAGCAAGAGCACUCCGAGUACGUUUGGGCGAAUGGGAUGCUUCUGCCGCAUCGGAGCCGAUUCCUGCGCUAGAAUACACAGUUUCCAAAUUCUUCGUUCAUCCCAGCUAUAAUGCCGCAAAUUUACAGAACGACAUAGCAAUGCUCAGGCUCUCGUCAGCGGUUCCAUUAGGAGCUACGCCUACGAUAACUACGGCGUGCCUUCCUGCUACGUCGUUCGUCGGAACAACUUGUUGGGUGUCCGGUUGGGGUAAGAACGAUUUCGUCAGCGGCUCCUAUCAAGCCAUUCAGAAGAAAGUUGACGUAGCCGUUAGAUCGCCUGCUGACUGUCAAACUGCACUACGGACAACACGACUUGGAUCGACGUUUGUCUUGGACGCGACCAGCUUUGUGUGUGCUGGCGGUGAAGCUGGAAAAGAUGCCUGUACCGGAGAUGGAGGCUCUCCGUUGGUGUGCUCCUUAGGUGGACGUUACUUUGUGGUGGGAUUAGUUGCAUGGGGUAUUGGUUGUGGUACUUCAAAUAUUCCUGGGGUUUACGUGAAUGUUGCCUCAUAUGUACCAUGGAUUACUAGUACAGUAAGUUUAGCUUGAGUUAUUGUAUUUUUUUGCAUAUUAAACAUAUUCAAGAAUGAGAGAAUA